CCCCCGCUCCCGUUCAUCUCCUACGACAUCCUAGACUCCCACGGGAAGCGCUACAACAUGAGCCUGGCCAUGAACAAGGAUGGCACUGAAAACAUCAAGGGCGUCGAGACGCUCGGACUGCCCUACUAUGCCGUCACCUACAUCGUCGGCAAGACCGGCGUCUCUCUCGCCGUCACCUCGGCUAUCACAAGCGCACUCCUCUGGAACUGGGAGGAGACUAAGGCUGCUUUCAGGAAAACCGAUGAUCCUGCUACUGAGGAUCCUCACCGCACAAUCACUAAGAAAUACGCCCAGUUCCCGGAAUGGGGUUUUUGUCUUCUCGCGGUACUGUUUAUGGGCCUGGCCUUCUUGUGCUCUUUCCUCGGAAAAUCCGGGCUAUCGCCAAUUGCGCUUCUAACGGCAUUCUGCAUAUCUGCUGUCCUAAGUUUGGCUGCCGGAUUCUUUUAUGCAACGUCGGGGAUUGGAUUGGGUUGUCAUGCCGUUGUUCAGAUGCUUGGGGGCCUGAUGUUUCCAGGGAAUGCGAUUGCAAACAUGUGGUUCACCUUGUUCGGAAGUACAAGCGUUGGACAGUCUGUGUUUAUGCUUCGCGAUCUGAAGCUGGGCCAAUACAUGCAUCUAUCCUCAUUAUCGGUAGUUUGUUCGCAACUGACGGGGACAUUGGUCGGCGGAUUCACCCACUAUUUCCUGAUGAUAGCUAUUCUCCGCUCUCAACGAGACGUGCUGCUACUGCCAAACGGAAACGGAGUAUUUACCGGGAUGUCUUUGAGCACAUACGCCGCUGAAUCUACGACAUGGGGAAUCUUCAGCAGAAGGCUGUACCUGUCCGGACAAAGAUAUGCAGUGAUCCCGUAUUCAUUGAUUGUUGGAUUCUUCCUGCCGAUCCCGUUCUUCUUGCUUCACCGCUGGAAACCGGGCUUUGGAUUCAACAAGGUCAACAUCUCGUUGUUCUGCUCGAGUCUCUUCGGAGCCAUUGGCGGUCCGUCCCUCAGCCAUUCCCUCCUUCCUUCUCUUCCCCCUGGGCACCUCCGCUCAUGA